AAGCAGCAGCAGAGGAAGUCGAACGUCGCUGCUGCCUCCUAUCACAUCAUCACCGUUCAUCACCACCAUGUUGCUGUAGAAGCAAAACAAAGCUCAGAACCGCCAUCCUGAUCCAACACGGAGUCUUUAACAUGGCGGGCGAGGAGGAGAGGGGGGUGGUGCGAGUCAAAGUCAAGAAAUGUGAUGGAGUGCUUCCGGUGGAGUUCCGCUCCUUUGCCGUUGACCCUCAGAUAACCUCCCUGGAGGUUCUGCAGCACAUACUCAUCAGAGCCUUUGAUUUGAACGGGAAGCGUAAUUUCGGGAUCAGUUACCUGUCUCGAGAUCGGAGUGGUGCUGAAAUGUAUACAACUCUCACGUCUGACUUCGAUUUGGACUUUGCAUUCACCAGUGCAGCCAAACCAUAUCUACAGCUCAAGAUGGACAUAAAACCGUCAGAAGAGAGUCCUGUUAUGGAAGACUGGGACAUCAUCAGCCCCAAAGAUGUGAUUGGUUCUGAGCAGCUGUUUGCGGACAGGACUCGAUCUCUGGCAUCUGCAGCUCUUCCCUUCACUCAGUCUCUACUGACCCAGAUGGGUCGGACCUUGUCACGAGUCCAGCAGGCCUUCAGCUGGUCUUACGGGGAGGAGAUCAGGCCUUUCAAGCCUCCUCUGAGUGAUGCAGAGUUUCACAAUUACCUCAAUGGACAAGGCCAGUUGUCACGACCCGAGGAGCUCAGGCUGCGAAUCUACCACGGAGGUGUGGAGCCUUCACUGCGCAAGGUUGUUUGGCGGUACCUCCUGAAUGUCUACCCCGAUGGACUGAGUGGACAGGAGAGAAUGGACUACAUGAAGAGGAAGACAAGGGAGUACGAACAGCUGAAGAGUGAGUGGACAGCCCGGGUCAGUCACGAGGACCUUGAAUUCAUCCGUGGCAACGUUCUCAAAGACGUCUUGAGGACGGACCGGGCUCAUCCGUACUACGCUGGCUCAGAGGACAGUCCGCAUUUGACUUCACUAACAGACCUGCUCACCACAUUUGCCAUCACACACCCACAGAUUUCCUACUGUCAAGGCAUGAGCGACAUCGCCUCCCCUAUACUCGCAGUCAUGGACAACGAGGCACACGCCUUUAUUUGCUUUUGUGGCAUUAUGAAACGUCUGGAGGGAAACUUCCGUCCAGAUGGCCAACUCAUGUCAAUUAAGUUCCAGCAUCUGAAGCUGCUGCUGCAGUACUCUGACCCGGAGUUCUACCUGUACCUGGUGUCCCGCGGAGCUGACGACCUCUUCUUCUGUUACCGCUGGCUUCUGCUGGAGCUCAAGCGAGAGUUUGCAUUUGACGAUGCUUUGAGAAUGCUUGAGGUCACCUGGAGCUCCCUGCCUCCAGAUCCUCCUGAAACUGAAGUGGAGCUAGUUGGACCACCACUGGAGACCAAUGAAACGGUGACUAGCAAAGAAGAGGAUAAGAAGGUUGAGAACAUAAUCGAAGGUGAUAAGGAACAAAAAGAGAAGCAGCGCAGGCGACACAUGCUCAGGCCUUCAAGAGAAGAACCAGAUGUGAUCAGGAAUGCUGUAUUAGAAGAAAAAGACAGGCAAAAUACAGGUGCUGGAAGGGGAAUGGAGGGCAGUAAUGGUGUUAUUACUCCAGUGAGUGUGGACAAGGCAGAUGUGCCGGUCCCAUCUUUGGAGAGGCAACCUAGUUUUGGAGAGUUCAAAUACUACACUGCUCGAAAUGAAGACAGCUUUGAUAUGGAAGAUGAGCCGUCACAUGGUUUGGCGGUGUCAAAGUCGGUACCUGAUAUUCCAAGACGGCAGUCCACAGUCGAGAGUGAAGACGACCCAGGAGAGAAAACCCCUCUCAUAAAAAACUGUCCCACUGGUUUGUCUCCCAUGUCUCCGCCUCCCCUCGUCCCUAGUGGCCCGCAGUUAUGGAAUGCAGGUUGCUCUGUUUCUCCCACAUCUUCAGCUUCACCCUCGAGCUGGCCAGGAGCUUCUCCAGACUCUCCUCCAAAGUCCUCAUCCCCAUCCACCCCUAAUGGAAGAGAGGCCUUCCCAAGCACUGUUUCAAAUGCCUUGCCGUCCACUGUCCACGUUCUCAGCAGUACAGGGAUCAACUCCCCCACAACUCCCACUGUAAAACCAUCCGUCGUGUCCCCUGCCCACUCUCAGAAUCGAUCCCUACUCUCUUCACCUAUUUUGUCUUUUGGAAGAGGAUCCUCUGUUCCUGGAAGCAGAUUAUACACCAACAAUCUUCCUUCACCAGGCAACAAAUCCCCCAGCACCGCAGCGAACACACCCAGUUCUCUGAAAGCUGAGGCCACCAGCAUCAAAUCCUGCUCCCUGCCGCCGCCUCAAGAGUUCGGCAAAGGCAACCCCUUCAUGUUGUUCCUGUGCCUGUCCAUCCUGCUGGAGCACCGUGACCACAUCAUCAAAAACAACUUGGAUUACAACGAAAUAGCCAUGCACUUUGAUCGCCUCGUGCGGCGCCACAACCUCAGCAGGGUGCUGCAGCGAGCGAAGGCCUUAUUUGCAGACUACUUGCAGAGUGAGGUGUGGGACUCUGAGGAAGGGGAUGAGGUCAGCUCUGACUCUCCAACAACAGUUUCAGCGGCGCAACACUCCCCUUCCUCGCUCAUCCCCACUCGGCCCAUUUACAGCCCGUUAGCGUCGCCUCAGUCGUCGUCUCCAAACUCGACCUAUAACCUCACAACGACCAUUCCCUCCCCAACAGUGGAAGUUUCCCUCUCGCCCACGUCCUGAUUCCAUCACACAUCCCUGGCUCAUAAGACUGAUGGAGGUGAACAUCUUUUAACCAGCCUUCCAAAUUGAACUGGGCUGUUUAGUAAUCUUCUUAUUCUGUGAAUGCUUGAAUAUGUAUUGAUAUUCCUCAUGUCAGUAGUCAUUACUGUAUAAUUGUUUAUUUCCCCCAUAAACCCUUACGGCUGACGGGAGGGUUGUCUGUCCUUGAAUAUGGGAUGGAGGAGCUUUGUUUCUGUUCAAAUCCUCUGUGGUUGAUGUGUUACGACAGUUGGGCUGUCUAAUUUUGCCACAACCACAAAAAAACCAAACCUGGUGCAUUUAUUAGCCUAUGUUGCCCUCUUUUUUGAUAUUGUUUACAAGCUCAUGUUUUGUCCAGUUCGCCACAGAAAGUGUCUUCACUCGAGUGUUCACAUUGCUUCAGUCAUGAAAACAAUGAGGGAAAAAAUCUUGAUUCAGUAGUUUCUUGUUUGUGAAGUCUUUUACAGAAACGGCUUGUCGAGCGAGUCGUGACUCGUCAGUGAGCACACGUACUUAACCUUACUGACUUAGCCUGUCACCGUUCACCUUAAAGAGUAUACAUGGGUAAAACAACCUGCUGCUGAGCUUCUGCCUGAUCAUGCAAACAUAAAACAAAUGUUUAAAAAGUGUAUUUAUUUAUGGUUUAUGUUGAGUUUCUCGCACAACGGUGGUGGCUGGAUCAUUUGUGUUUACUCAAGCAUCUACUGUCCUUGGGCUAAUGCUAAUAACUACAUUCACAGUAACACACGGCAGCCAGCGGCUUGUUUUUCAGGUGACUCACAUCAGAACGUACCAGGAAGAACAACUCUGCCCCGCCCUCUCCUCCUUUAACCACUCCCACUCGUGUACAGUAACUGCUCUUCUCAAUGCUGAUUGACUUUCACUAACUCAAGUGAAAAAAGGUGAAUUCCGUAGUAGAGCUGCAACUGACGAUUCUUUUCAUAAUCGCGCAAUCUGUUAAUUAUU